GCGAGGAGCCACAGCAGUGCAAAAGCACGCGAGCGGAAAUGGAAUGGGGAUCGGAGAGCGCCCCUAGUUAGCCCUUUUGAUCGCAGGCGAUCGGACGCUCGUAUGACACGGAAUCAAUCAAGGAUGCACACGUGUUCGUGCUUGUAAUCAGCAUUCUGAGCUGGGGGUUGUUGGGAGAGACGAGCAGAGGUGUUGUCACGCGAAGAAUUUGUCGAUUGAAGGUGGCCGUUUUGUCGAGGAUGAGGAGUAGAAGAAGGAAAUGCCUGUUUCCUUCAUUCUGUCCAUAGCUGGCGAUCCAUAGUGGGAGGGUUUUGUUGAUCAGGGGGGAAAUGCAGUUUAGUAAUUGUAAGUGCUCGCUUGCGGCUCGGCGUCAUGCUUUGUCCUCCUCCUCCUCCUCCUCCUCCUCCUCCGCCGCCGCCGCCGCGGCCGCCGCCUCUGCUCGUCGCUAAGCGUCCUCUAAAGGAUCGGAAGCCAAUCGCUUGCAUCGAUGAGCAGCUACCUUUGUAGCCCCUCUCAUUUACUCUCGUUGUGAGGCGAAGAGGCUUCAAACAAACGGGCACGUGCGCGCGCGCUCGCCAAAGAGGCGCACGUGCGCGCGCGCUCAAUGAUGCCGGUCUCGAUGAAAACGACCUAGCUUUACGGAAUAGGCGUAAAGAAGAGGGGGGGAGCGGAAGAUCGGAAGGUCGAAAGGGAAUGGAAACAGCACGCCGCCGUCGCGCCUGAGUCGAGACGAUAUGGAUGACCAGAAGAUAAAGGGGGAGGAGAAAGAGGAGGAGGAAGAGGAGGAGGAAGAGGAGGAGGACGAGGAGGAGGAGGAGGAGGACGGAAGGCCUUGUACGGAGAGAAAAGGGGACAAGAGUGUAAUGGACACACGGGAAGGAGGUGGACAUAACGGCGGCGGAUGGAUCGUUGACACGUGGCGUGAAAGUGACGUGACGGUCGGGGAAGUGGAGCGAGAGCUUUCUGCAGGUAAUGGAAUAGCAGGCGAGCACACUACCACAGUCGAGGGUGCAAAGGGAGGAGAGGCGCAAGAGAGUGGGCGGCAGGAUGGAGAGGGAGGGGGGGGUUCUAUUGACGGAAAAGACUCGGAGGGGGAGAGGAGAGAGCUAAGAGAGCGGGAAAUGGAGAGAGCGGAGGAGAUGCGGCGGCCGCCUUUGCGCAGAAGGCACAUGAAAGAGCGGAAGGAAGAAGCAGAAGAGGAAGAGAGGAAAGAUGGAUUGCCACACACGAUGGAGGAGCAGGAGUACGACGAGUACAUUCCCGUGAAGAAGCGCCGGGCAAUGGAGCUUCAGAAACGGGCAAAGGCAAUAGCAGGGUUACAGGAGAGAGGUGGGGUAGGGGGAUCAGGAGGAGGAGGAGGAGGGGGAGGUGGAGGAGGAGGGGGAGGAGGGGGAGGGGCAAGGGGGAACAGCAGAGAUCGCGCGUCGGCGCCGGAAAGUGGGUCGGAGGAUGCCCUCACUAGCGAUGGCGGCCGUCAUCAUCAUCAUCAUCAGCUCCAAGAUGGCGUGGAGGCGAAACCUAGCUUGCUGGUGAAGGCUUCUCUGCUGAAGAAGGAGGCUCCAGAGGAGAACUCCACGGAGAAGUUGGUCAAGCAGGAGAAAGAGAUGAUGGAGAGGUUGUCGGAGCGCAAGCAUCUGAUGUCCGUCCGCGAGUUGGCAAAGGGCGUGGUGUACACAGAGUCCAUGAAAACGGGAUGGAAGCCGCCAAGUCACGUGAGGCAUAUGCCGAGGGAGGAGUGUGAGGAGGUGCGCAAGCAGUGGCACAUUCUGGUGGAGGGAGAGAACGUCCCUCCGCCGAUCAGGAGCUUUAGAGACAUGAGGUUCCCGGAUCCCAUCUUGCGCAAGCUGAAGCAGAAGGGAAUUCAGAAGCCGACGCCGAUCCAAGUGCAGGGGUUGCCGGUGAUCUUGUCGGGGCGCGACAUGAUCGGGAUCGCGUUUACGGGGUCGGGGAAGACGCUGGUCUUCGUGCUACCGAUGAUUAUGCUCGCUCUGCAGGAGGAGUCGCGAAUGCCGUUGAUUGGCGGCGAAGGACCGUUCGGAUUGGUGAUCUGUCCUUCGCGGGAGCUGGCAAGGCAGACGUGGGAGGUAGUGGAGGAGUUCAUCAAGUGCUUGACCGACCGAGGAUACCCGGACCUGAGGACGAUGCUGUGCAUUGGCGGGAUAGACAUGCGGUCGCAAAUCGAGGUCGUGAGAAGGGGGGUGCACAUUGUGGUGGCGACUCCAGGGCGGCUCAAGGAUUUGCUGGCGAAGAAGAAGAUCACGCUGGAUGUGUGCAAGUACUUGACACUCGACGAGGCCGAUCGGCUCAUCGACUUAGGGUUUGAAGAGGAUAUCCGAGAGGUGUUUGACCAUUUCCGAGCGCAGCGGCAGACUCUGCUGUUCUCCGCGACCAUGCCCAAGAAGAUACAGAACUUCGCGAAGAGCGCUCUUGUUCAGCCCGUCGUGGUCAACGUGGGGAGAGCGGGUGCGGCGAACCUGGACGUCAUUCAGGAGGUGGAGUACGUGAAACAGGAGGCCAAGAUCGUCUAUCUGUUGGAGUGCUUGCAGAAGACGCCGCCGCCUGUUCUCAUCUUUUGCGAGAACAAAGCCGACGUGGACGAUAUCCAUGAAUACCUUCUGCUGAAAGGUGUGGAGGCGGUCGCUGUGCACGGUGGAAAAGAUCAAGAAGAAAGGGAGUACGCCAUAGCUUCCUUUAAAUCGGGAAAGAAAGAUGUGCUUGUAGCCACUGACGUCGCGUCGAAAGGGCUGGAUUUUCCCGAUAUCCAGCAUGUCAUUAAUUACGACAUGCCGUCGGAGAUAGAGAAUUAUGUGCACAGGAUUGGAAGAACGGGACGCUGUGGGAAGACCGGAAUCGCGACCACGUUCAUCAACAAGAACCAGUCAGAGACGAUCCUCCUCGACUUGAAGCAUCUUCUCAAAGAGGCCAAGCAGAGGAUACCGCCGGUGCUCGCCACGCUGGAUGAUCCGAUGGAGGAGGUGGAGGAACUAGCGAAAGCCAGCGGAGUUAAGGGAUGCGCUUACUGCGGUGGACUUGGCCACAGAAUCGCAGAAUGCCCAAAACUCGAGCACCAGAAAUCGCAAGCCAUUGCUGGGACGCACACUCGGGACUACUUCGGAGCUGGUGGAUACGGUGGAGAAUUCUAAUUGUAGUUGUUUUGGGGGAUUCCGCGUUUGCGAAGAAGUCUUCUUUCUUGUCAAGUGCAUGCGAAAUCCUCCCUCG